CUGGCCUCAUGUCUGCACUGCAGCUGAAGCAUGUGGGAGCCUUUUACCCUCUUCCUGCUGCUUAUGUCGCUCCAGGGAACAGCAGAGGCGAGCUCCUCGGAGAAGUCAGCCAAGGACAUGUUUGCGGCCUGGAGGCAGUACCAGCAGGAGUGUGAGCGCAGCAUGGCCGAGGAGUCGGAUCCCACAGGCCUGGUGUGUAACCGGACUUUUGAUAUGUAUGCCUGCUGGGGGGACACUCUGCCCAACACCACCGCCAUGGUGCCCUGCCCGUGGUACCUGCCCUGGCAUCACCACGUUCGUGGCGGGUUCGUGAUGCGGCUCUGCGGCCCGGCUGGCCAGUGGGUGACGGACGAGUCGGGGCUGCCCUGGAGGGACCACUCGCAGUGCGAGGAUCUCAGCACAGACCACCCCUUCCAGAAGCAGGUGCGGUUCCUGGAGCAGUUCCGGCUGAUGUACACCGUGGGCUACUCCCUCUCGCUGGUCUCCCUGCUGCUCGCCCUGCUGCUGCUCCUGGCUUUCAGGAAGCUGAGAUGCACCCGCAACUACAUCCACGUGAACCUCUUCCUCUCGUUCAUGCUGCGGGCUGUCUCCAUCCUCACCCGGGACGCCCUCCUCCGCGUGCGCUUCUCCAAGGACCUGCGGCACGAGGGGGACCUCUUCCAUCUCCUCGGGGACCAGGCUGCCGCCGGCUGCCGCCUGGCUCAGGUCCUGACCCAGUACUGCGUCGGGGCCAACUACUACUGGCUGCUGGUGGAAGGGCUCUACCUGCACAACCUACUUGUGCUGAUGGCCAUCUCGGAGGAGAGCUGCUUUGUGGGCUACCUGCUUGUCGGAUGGGGAGCCCCCAUCCUGUUUGUCAUUCCCUGGGUGAUCAUCAGAUACCUCUAUGAAAACAACCAGUGCUGGGAGAGAAAUGAUAACAUGGCCUAUUGGUGGAUUAUCCGCUGCCCCAUCCUGCUGGCCAUCCUGGUUAAUUUUGUCAUAUUCCUCCGUAUCAUUAAGAUCCUGGUCUCCAAACUCCGGGCUCACCAGAUGCGCUACACGGACUAUAAGUUCAGGCUGGCCAAGUCGACGCUGACCCUGAUCCCGCUGCUGGGCAUCCAUGAGGUGGUGUUUGCCCUGGUGACGGAGGAGCAGGCCCAGGGGACGCUGCGCUACGUCAAGCUCUUCUUUGAGCUCUUCCUCAGCUCCUUCCAGGGUCUUCUGGUGAGCAUCCUCUACUGCUUCGUCAACAAGGAGGUCCAGUCUGAGAUCCGGAGGAAGUGGCAGAGGUGCCAGUUGGGUGCGAACCUGCUGGAGAAACCCGGCCACAGCUGCAGCCACGGGCCGUCCUGCCGCUGCCAGCAGGGCAAGGCCUCGGAGGGGGGCUGCCCCCGGCGCCCCGGCCCCCCGGGGAAGAGGGGAGCAGAGGCGGAGUCCAACUGCAGCUCGGAGAACUCCACGGGCGGCUCCCAGCUGCAGCAGCAGCGCCACCCCUACGCCAGUACCGCGGGCAGCAAAUCCUACUGCUACAUCCCGGUCCAGACGCAGCCGGCGGGCAGGCUGGGGGGCAAGGAACUGCUCCCCAGUGCCAGGGAGCCUGGGGACAACAAGAUCUCGGAGAGCUGUUGUUAAAAUCAA